UCGCAUAGCACCCACAAAUUAAAGCUGGAUUGGGUUCCGAUCAGGAUUACUACCAAACCUGAUUUUGUCAUUUAAUCCGGCUAAGAUUUAAUUCUGCUAAUCCACUCGAAACUCAAAACGAUCAGGUUCUUAAUAAGCGCGAGAGGUGAAGAAGACUAGCUAGAGCUCUAACCACCGGCGGCGAUGGCAUCAGUGGCCAAGCUUCUCGCCGCCUUCCUCGCGGUCCUCGCGGCCGGCGGCGCGCGUGCGUGGGAGCUGAACUUCGAGAUGCCAUCGUCCGAGGUGAUCGACGACGGCAUGCCGCUGAUCCACAUGCUGCGGCCGCUGCUGAGCUCCGGCGGCCACCUGGGCCGGCGCGGCCGCGUGCCGUGCGACAGCUGGCGGUUCGCCGUGGAGACCAACAACAAGCGCGGCUGGAAGACCAUCCCGGCCCGCUGCGAGAGGUACGUCGGCAACUACAUGAUGGGCGGGCACUACCGGAGCGACUCCCGCGCCGUCGUCAACGAGGCCAUCGCCUACGCCGAGGGCCUCGAGCUCUCCGGCAAGGGCAACGAGGUGUGGGUGUUCGACAUCGACGAGACCGCGCUCUCCAACCUCCCCUACUACGCCAAGCACGGCUUCGGGGCUGAGCCGUACAACUGGACGGCGUUCGGCGCGUACGCCAAGCAGGCGAACGCGCCGGCGCUACCGGAGACGCUGCGGCUGUACAAGAGGCUGCAGGCGCUGGGCAUCAAGCCGGUGAUCCUCACGGGGCGGCGCGAGGACAAGAGGGAGGCCACGGUCAGGAACCUCGCCAGCGCCGGCUACACCGGCUACCUCAAGCUCCUGCUCAAGCCACAGAACGUGAGGAUGCAUUCGUUGGAGUUCAAGUCCGGCGAGCGGAAGAAGCUGGUGGACGCCGGCUACGUCAUCGUCGGCAACAUCGGCGACCAGUGGAGUGACCUACUGGGCGCGCCGGAGGGGGAUCGCACAUUCAAGCUGCCGGAUCCCAUGUACUACAUCGCCUAGGUCUCUACACGCUCUUCUCUACUCAUGGACGAUUACAAACAGCUGCAAAUAAGCGCCUGAACGAAUAACGUGCAAUCAUCAGUACGUCGUACGUGUGUGCCAAAAUAAAAUGACCUAUGUACAUUGAUGAGUUGUAUGUAUGUAUGUAUGUAUGUAUGUAUGUAUGUAUGUAUGUAUGUGCCAGGAUUCAGGACAUAACAGUGCGUUUGUAGUCGUGAAUAUAAUGAACCAAUGGCGUAAUAAUAAUUAGUAUGUGCUCUUCAUUUUUAGGGUGUUUC